GCUGAGGCCGAAGUCAACUCGCUUCAAAAGAAGAUCCGGGCCCUUGAGGAUGAACUCGGAAACACGGAAACCCGUCUUACAGAAGCCAGCCAAAAAUUAGAAGAGGCUAGCAAGAUGGCUGAUGAAAGUGAGCGGUAUGUCUACCCUAUUUUUAAGCUUAUCGGGCGAAAGGUGCUCGAGAACCGAACUCUUGCAGAUGAGGAACGCAUCAAUCAGCUAGAAGAACAACUAAGAGAGUCAACAUUUAUGGCUGAAGAUGCAGAUAGAAAAUAUGAUGAGGCUGCUCGAAAGCUGGCGAUAACAGAAGUUGACCUUGAGCGAGCUGAAUCCCGAUUAGAAGCGGCUGAAAAGUAA